ACCUAGAAGUCAAUGAGACCAAUUAAGAAACCGAAUAUUCUGAAUAGACUCUGUUUGUUAGCUUGUUCUUGUGGAAAAUAUUUGCUUUUGUGUCCGCUGUGCAUUUCUGUGUGUAACGUGUACAUGUAUGCACAUUGACAAUCUAUAGUAUAGUUUUGUAGUAUAUUUCAAUAUUAUUGUCUUUGGUUAAUUUGGCUAAAUUGGCCACUCAGGUUAAGGUUUGUUGUUGCUGCACUGCAACAGGGCUUGCGUUGGUAACCGUAUCCAGGCUGCUGGAGGCUGCAUUGUUGCCUGUAUAUAAUAAUAAAGGGCAGCUCUCACAACAAUCUGGGUCAGUUUCCAAGCCAGCCAGUCAGCUCCAGUGUAUAUUGAGAUUGAGAAGUGAUUAUUCGAAGAGGUUUAGAAGAGUUAGAAGAAGUAUAGAAAGUUCAAAAGAUGACGAACAAUAUAUGAAAUUCAGACUUGAACGUUUUUGAGGCAAUCUAGCAGGAAAAUCAGAGUCAUGUACUUGUAAAGGAGCUAUGACAUUAGUCCGUGUGACAAGAUCGAGAAUGAACACGUGGAAGAGAGUUUGGGUCACGUUAGUCGUGAUUGGUUAUGUCCUCCUGUGGUGUGUAGCGUUGUUCAAUCAUCGGCCUCGGGCGGUGUACACCCUGCCGGACCCGGCGGUUAUCACAAAUACGUUGGGACAUGAUUCACAGAAAGAGUACUGUAGGGUAGAUCUCAAUUCAUUAACGUCCCAAAACAUUGACAUACUUGAGGACCCAGAGUAUGACGACAUCGUAAAGUCAAAUCCGCAAGUCCAGAAGGGCGGUCAUUGGGCGCCCAAAACUUGCUUGCCAUUCCAAAAAGUAGCAAUAAUCAUUCCAUACCGCAAUAGGUGGCACCACCUGAAGUUACUGCUGAAACGUUUACAUCCUAUGUUGGAGAGACAGCACAUCGAUUAUAGGAUAUUUGUGAUAGAGCAGUCCGGUACGAACUCCUUCAACCGCGGCAUGCUCAUGAACAUCGGAUACGCCGAGGCAUUCCCUUACGGCUCGUUCAACUGCUUCAUCUUCCAAGACGCCGAUCUCCUUCCAGAGCACGACCGCAACCUGUACCUAUGUGAUAACGAGGCGAGGCAUUUAGCAUCCGCUAUAGAUGAGACGCGAUACCAUGUGAUGUACUACAGCUAUGCAGGUGGCGUCAUUGCCGUCAAUAAAGAAAACUACAUCAAGAUGAAUGGCUUCUCCAACAAUUACUGGGGCUGGGGCCAAGAAGACGAUGAUUUUUCAGCAAGGGCUGAAGCUGCUGGCAUAAAACUGACCAGACCGCCAGAAUAUAUUGGUCGUUAUAAAAUGGUGCGACAUUCUAAGGCUUCUAAGAGUGAUUCAGGGAACAAUUAUUUGUUUUACUGGCGAGCUCGAUGGAAAACCGAUGGCAUCAGCUCAAUCAAGUCAGUCGGUUACAAGGUCUUAUCAGUGUCGGAGGAGCCAUUACAUACAAAGAUAUUAGUCGAUGUGGGCGAUCCGCCCAAUCAAGAGGAUGUCAUGGAAUCUGUGAAGAAUCAGAAACCGGAAUCACUACUCUGGUAUUUGAAGUUCUACUUCCCUUGAAAGAGUCAUGUCUAGUCAAUUUAUAAAGUUGAGGCCUCAUUCCGGUGGUGUGAAUCAGGCAGCAUCUUUGCCAGCCAUCGUGUGGUGCUGGGGAAACGUCAGGAGAUGAUGAUAUCGACCAUGGAGUAGUCACAUGGCCGGGUCUUGAUGUGAAAUGUGCAUUUCCACGCCUUUGUGCAGUAUUUAUGUGGUUGGCAUGGGAGGUUUUUUUAUGCUAAGAGAUUUAGACAUUGAUUUAUAAAGCGAAGACUAGUCAGUUGCAGGUCUCGAUGUGGAAAUGUGCGUGUCCACGCCUUUGUGCAGUAUUGAAUGUGGUUGGCAUGGGAGGUUUUUUAUGCCAAGCAAUUCAGACAUUGAUAUUAAAAAGGAAGACUAGUAAGUCAGGGUUUCGAUGGGGAAAUGUGCGUUUCCACUCCUUUGUGCAGUAUUAAUGUGGUUGGCAUGAGGGUUUUUUUUAUGCGAAGAGAUUCAGACAUUGAUAUAUAAAAGGAGGACUAGUCAAUUGCAGGUCGCUGUUUGUAGGUGUGCAUCUUCCAUGCAUAGAUCGCCAACCGACUGGAGCCUGAAGAAUGAGAAAAAAACCGUUGCGAAGAGAUGCAAUUAUUAUUGCAUGUGGCAGCAAUUUCAAUUACUCGUCUGUAGGUGCGAUAAUCUGUACAGAACCAGGAGAUGGAAAUGCAGGACUUGUGAUUCAAUUCUAAUCAUUCCAGCUAUUCCAAGAGAAACCUCUUGGUUAAGCAGUAGCGUCCAUGAUUGUGUGUUUUAAUUUAAGAAAAUCGGGAUAUUAAUCGUCCUGUAAAAACCCUCUGUUUCCUGCCAAAAAUAUAAUGUUUAUAUGAUAGUUGAAAUAAUUUCAAUGGAAUAUUUGCUAAUUCAACUUAUUUAUGGUGUCUGGUGUAAUUGUAUUCUAAGGGGACUUUUCUACAUGUAGAUAAAGUGGUCACUAAUAAUGUACAUUUAGGCAUUGCUGCCUACACAUACGGAUCUUCCGUCGACUGUCAUUGUGCGUACAUGUAUAUCCAUCCUUCACUGCCGAUGAAUUGCCCCCUGAUUUGCCGUCAGAACGGCUUUUGUUAUAGAUUGCAUGGUCGUCUCCUUGCAUUCUCUUCCUUUCCCACUCGUCCAUAUUGCCGAUGAAUACCCCCCUGAUUGGCUGUGCAUUCCCUUCCUUUCCCACACAACAUCACCUUGUGGCAUGAGACACCCACUGAAAGCCAUCAUCGAUGGUGGAAGACCAGGUGUUCAAUGAGUAACAAUGGUUAUUGCUUGGGCCCUGUUCGGUCGGUGGUGAAAGGAAGAGACUUAAGGAUUGACUGGUUGGCCCUGUUUUUUGUUUUCUGGAAAAGUUCGGCUUUUAAAGAUGGUGUUAAUUCUAUGAAAUACUUCCAAGCCAGUUUGGCAACAAAUAUUAUCAAGUUCCUAGAUGGCAUCAUGGUGCAGUUAUUUUUAAAAACUAGUAUCUGAUCAGAAAAACCAAAAAAAUCAAUGUAUGGGAAUGACUCUGGCAUUUCAUGUGGAGCAGCGAAUUCUGUCUGUGGAAUGUAAAAGGCUAUUUCAGACUUUUUGUUACGACAGUGAAACUUCGUAAAAAGUUAUUGUCAGGGUGUUAAAACCAUCCGGUCCGCACCAAAAUUACCAGGGCAACAAACUUGUUAUGUUGAGGAAAAGGUCAUGGAAGUAUCCCGAAGUUCUCCAAUGUCCAACUUUUAAAAGUAUGAGUUUAUUUUUGGUAAUAGCAUACAUAGGAAACAAUAUGAUGAAACUGCUGCUUAGCUUGUAAAUUCCUGCACUGUUUUGCAUGAAAACAAGAUAUUGGAAUAUACAUAUCGCAUGGCUUUUAAUAAUAUGCUUGUUGGGAUUUCAUAAUUCAUUGAAACUGCUUCAAAUUGACCACACACUGACAGAUGUCUUUUGAUGCAAGUAUAAAUAUUUUUCAUUUGAAAUUUGUACAUAACUAUCCAAGAGAAGAGUACUGUACAGAAAUAUUCAAGGUCAUUGUAUUUCACAGUUCGCAAAACCAGUAUUGAGGUGUAUGAAAAAAAGUCAGUUUCAAAACCA